AUGGAGGGUAAGGCAAAUGUGAGGAUCGACAGUCUCAUACAGCUCCUUAUUGGAUUGACUGUCGAAACCGAGAAGGAGCGAGUUAUUAUGAUCAAGUACGCUGCUCAGAAGGAACUGAUUGUUAUGAGAGGAGCAGGAAAGUGGCAAGUUGCUGACAACAGCAACUUGUACAAUAUUCAGGAGCAGUACUGUCCAUGCAAUGUUCAGAACGAUAUAGCACCAACUUCUUCAUGGGAUCCCUCGUCAAUUGCAAUAGUAGACGAAGACACCCAUGAGGAGGAGCUACUAGACGUCGUUACAGUGGAAAACGAUGUUGAAGAAGUGCCGGAUACAGCUAGACGUCGCUUUACUGAUAAUCCCGACGUCAUUAGGGAUAUGAUACAAAAAAUAGAGAUGGACUACGCAGCUGGGCGAACACGCAUGCUCAGCGUCCUAAAUAAUCCGACCGAUGCCGCGCUGGAGAAGCUUGCCCAAACGCUUCGUUGCAUGGAUGAGUUUAGCGAAUCACAGCGGCACUGGAGCCAGGAACAAGCCAGAAAAACAUCCGCCUGGCACGGCGUCCAGAUGUGCCCAUCGUCGGACGUCCACAAGGUCUCACACCAAUAAGG